CGCACAAUACAGUUACCAUAUCAAAAUGUCGCGCCCAGUAAUCCACUACUUCCCUAUUCGGGGCCGCGCCGAGGUGUUGCGGCUGGCCAUUGUUGCGGGUGGAGACGACUUUGACGUGGUGGACGUAAACUACCAAGAGCAGAAAAGCGAUCGGGAGAAGUACCCGUUCGGACAGUGCCCCAGGCUUGUGGAUGGCGAUUUGAACAUCGUGCAGUCCAACACCAUCGCCCGCUACCUUGCCCGCAAGUACAAGCUGCAGGGCAAGGAUGAGACGGAGAUGGUGGCUGUGGAUGAGAUCAUGGAGGGCGUGGAGUCCCUGCGUGUCAAAUACGUCAACCUGAUCUACAAUGACAAGCUGGAGGAGGCCGCCAAGGACUUGUACUGGAAGACCUACUUCGACAAGACCACCAGCGAGGGCCGCAACGGCGGCGCGCACAUGGUGUACCUAGCCAACUUUCUGGCCAAGAACGGCGGCAAGCACACGGUGGGCGCCGGUCUGACCAUCGCCGACCUGUGCCUGUGGGAGAUCCUGGACCUGCACCUGCGCAUCUUCGAGGACGCCAUCAAGAAGGAGUACCCCGAGCUGGUUGUGUUCCACGACCACAUCGCCUCGCAGCCCGGCAUCAAGGAAUACCUGGCCUCACCCAAGCGCCUGGCCGCUCCCAACGCCAACACCCUGGGCUAAAGCAUUCGGGCGCGGUGCAAUUUUGAUGAAGCUAUCGUACCGCAGUAGACUAGGUGUGCAAGGCUCUGCCCAAGCGCAUCGUGUUGGGAGACGGCCACGCGCGUAUAUAGUCCAGGGCCCGAAUAGUGGAGCGAGAGGAUCGGAGCUGGUGUGCGUGUUGGUACCUUUCUUGAGAGUCGGUAUUCAUUUGAAGGUUGGCGACUGAGAUGGGCCGUAGUCAUGGGGGGGUCCUAUGUGCGAUCCAUGCGGUUACAGCUAUCACGCUUAGGCACUUGUGUGCCGCGAAAGGGUCAUACUGCACGGCUAGGUAACAAGAUCAGGGGUUGCGUCGUAGUCGCUGUAGUGGCGGACUGCCAGAUGGACUGAAACAUCACGCCUGCACACCCAAUCCUAACCUCUGACCUCUA